AUGGUAAUCUUUCUUGGCUCAUUUUACCUUCUCAACAUCAUUUUGGCCAUCGUUUCGAUGUCUUACGAACAAGUCUGUAAGCAGGACUUGGAGGCAGAGGACGAACUGGCUGCAGCCAUUUCACAAUGUGCAGCAAAGGCUGAAGACGCUGACGACUGCAGAUUGGUGGACGACAAAAAUCGGGAGGCGUUGACACCGGACGUCUAUGCAUGCUCUUAUUUAACUUUAGCGAAACGACACUCCAUCGCUUCAACUUACCGCAGUCUUCCUGUUCGAAUAUGCCGUUACCUCUCGACUCAAUUGGAGACUACCCUUUGUCGAUGGACAUGCUGCCCAUGUUGCUAUGUUUUUCGACGGUACGUGGGCUACUUCAUCCUCGAUCCCUUUAUCGAGCUCUUUGUCACCAUCUGCAUUGUUCUCAACACGCUUUUCAUGGCGCUUGAUCAACCAGAGAAGGGUGACACGCUGGCUACUGUGCUUAGAAUUGCCAAUUAUUUUUUCACAACAACUUUCACUGUCGAGGGAGUCUUAAAAUUGGUGGCUCUUGGUCCAAAGAAAUACUUCGCUGAUUCGUGGAAUAUUUUUGACUUUGUUGUCGUCUUGUUCAGCCUCAUUGAAAUUCCCCUCGACAACGUUCGCGGGCUGUCCAUUCUCCGUGCAUUCCGUUUACUACGGGUUUUUAAGUUGGCCAAAUCUUGGCAAACGAUGAAGCUAUUGUUCUCAAUUGUCGCAAGGACACUGAAUGCACUCGGAAAUCUAACUGCUGUCCUGAUGAUCUCAAUUUUCGUCUUCGCUGUUCUCGGAAUGUCACUCUUCGGCGAGAGCUACCAACAAUUCACCAACAAAACGCGGUUCCCGGAGCGUGGCGGAAAAGUGCCUCGCUGGAACUUCUGCGAUUUCACGCAUUCCUUUAUGAUCGUGUUCCGGGUCCUGUGUGGCGAGUGGAUAGAAUCAAUGUGGGAUUGUCUCGAGGUAAAUGGAUGGAGCUGUACGGUGUUCUUCCUCAUGACGAUGGUGUUGGGAAACUUGGUGGUGCUGAGUCUAUUCUUGGCUCUUCUUCUGAGCUCGUUCAGUGCUGAAAGCUUUCAGAAGAGUGAGGAGGAUUCAGGUGACCACAGUAAACUGCAGGAGGCCCUUGAUCGCAUUUAUCGCUUCACCAUUUGGAUGAAAUUACAUGUUCAAAAGCUCUUAUCGUGCCUUGCCCAACGCUUUUGCCGUAGAAGUAGUUCCCCAGACCCUCACUCUCAAGAAAAUGAACAAACCGUCUCUGCGUCUGGUAGCCAGAGGAUAGAAUUCCUUGAAGACGUGGAGAGCGAGGAAAUGAACUGCGUUGUAAAGCUGCUACAAGCUGAAUCAGUGGAUAUGGCCUAUUGGGAACAUCCGGAAGAUUGUUGUGCCCCAUGGAUCUGGCGGAGAAUCAGUCCCUUAUUCCGAGGGAUACUGGACUCAAAAGUGGGAAGAGGCUGGAGACGCCUCAGACAAGGCUGCUAUUGCAUCGUGGAAAAUCGAUAUUUCGAGGGCUUUAUUUUCUUAAUGAUCAUCAUCAGCAGUGCAACUCUGGCACUUGAAGACAAGCAUCUACCUUCAAGGCCCAGGCUAAAACUGGCGCUUGACUACAUGGACAAAAUAUUUACUUUUAUCUUCCUGACUGAAAUUAUUCUUAAGUGGCUUUCUUAUGGCCUCCGAAAAUUUUUCAGUGAUGCCUGGUGUUGGCUUGAUUUCUCCAUUGUUACGAUUGCAGUGGCAAGUAUGAUAAUGAGCUAUGGCAAAGAGGACGGAAAGUCGAGCAUGAAUUCAUUCAAGGCGAUGCGGACGCUGCGCGCCCUACGUCCUCUCCGAGCACUUUCGCGCUGGGAGGGCAUGCGUGCAACCUUUAAGGGAUGGAUCGAAAUUAUGUCUGACGCCGUUGACAUAACAGAGUAUGACCAACAGCCCGUGUACAACAACGCUACUGGCUACUACCUCUUCUUCGUGCUAUUCAUCAUUGUCGGGUCGUUUUUCACUCUAAACCUCUUCAUUGGCGUGAUUAUUCAGAACUUUAACAUGCAAAAGAAAAAGGCAGGUGGAUCUCUGGAGUUGUUUAUGACUGAGGAUCAAAAGAAGUAUUAUCAAGCCAUGAAGAAGAUGGUGAGGAGGACGCCACAGAAACCAAUCCCCAAGCCCAAGUUCUUAGUUUCGAGGUGGAUCUUCAAAAUAAUCUCAAACCGAAAGUUCGACCUCUUCAUUCUUGGAAUGAUUGGCCUAAAUACGUUAAUUAUGUGUUUUGAGCACCAUCGCCAGCCUGAAUCUAUGAAGGAAGCAAUGGAAAUAGUUAACAAGGUGUUCAUCAUCAUCUUCACCUGUGAGUUUGCCCUCAAACUCAUCGGUCAACGCUGGUACUAUUUUAAAGACCCCUGGAACGUAUUCGACUGCUGCAUUGUCAUCUUUUCUCUCAUCUGCUGGGGAUUAGAAGACCUAAUUACUACGCUUCCAGUCCCACCGACAACCGUUCGAAUAGUGCGCCUUUUCCGUGUGGGUCGAGUUCUCCGAUUGGUCAAAUCUGCCCGCGGAAUUCGAACUCUCCUCUUUGCAUUGAUAGUCUCGCUCCCAGCGCUGUUCAAUGUGGCACUCCUUCUCUUCCUAACGGCUUUCGUGUACUCCAUUGUUGGCAUGUCCUUCUUUGGAAAAGUGGCCUACCAUGCUGGGAUUGACGCGGAAUUCAAUUUUGAAACUUUUCCUCGGGCCUUCAUCAUAUUACUGCAGAUAUCGACGUCUGCAGGUUGGAGUACGGUGUUUGAAGGUCUCAGCAACACGGACCCCGCCUACUGCAGCCAAGAAGAGGGGACUUGUGGAAACUUCCUUUGGGCAACCCUAUUCCUUGUCUCCUAUCUAAUCAUCUCUUUCAUGGUUAUUAUCAACAUGUACAUUGCUGUCAUUCUGGAGAAUUUCAGUCAGGCUACCGAAGAUGACGAAUUCGACGCUUUUUACGAGGUCUGGGAACUAUACGACGUCCACGCACGCGGGUUUAUCGAGCUAAAACACCUUGAGGAAUUUGUUGAACGAAUCGGUCCCCCACUUGGCAUUCCUCGGCCCAAUCGAAUUCGUUUGGCCUGCCUUGCCAUUCCAAUCUGCUCUCAGGACCGCAUUUUCUGUAUGGAUCUCCUUGACGCCCUGACGCGAAACUUCCUCGGUCGUCUGACCACCGAAAAUCCCCAGCAAUUGGUCGAACAGAUUGAGGUGGGUAGGUCUGCCUUGCAGGACCGGGCCCUUGACAAGUCCAACUUUGUGGCCAAAGCUGCCAAAGAGCCAGUCGUGCCUGUAAGUAAUACCUACGCUCGACAGCAAGAACACUUUGCGGCUUUCAAGAUUCUAUACUUUUGGCGAAAGCACCGAAAAUCGGGCAGGGUUGAUGCAGUGGCUUCCAACACCCUUGAAACAGUUAAAUCAGCCCUUUAA